CAUUUGAUUUCUCGCCCCACACGGUCACACUGCCGCCGGUCACCGCAUUUUUCGGGUUUUUUAAAGAGGCAGUGUGCAGAUCAAAAGAUGAAUUACUACGUCUGUCUGCACCAGGAGGGUGUCAAUAGCAUACCCAAGUUGAUCGAGAAGGCCUUCGCGAACAACUACAAUGUGGUGGCCAUCUCAAUCAACGCCAAUAUGUUGCCCUUCGAACCAUACGAAUCGGAUCCCACAUAUCCGGCCACAAUUUUGAGCGGCGGUGACUGGAACUCCAAGGUGAUAUUUACCAUGUCCGAUGUGGAUGUGGACUCGCCGAAUGUCAAGCUGCGUCAACACGCGAAGGAUGUAUUCAUGCGGGACGUGGCCUGGGCGGAGCACCUGCAGAAUGUGGGCAGCGUUAUGGUACGACUGCGCGGUCCACAAAACGAGAAUCUGGCCUCCAUUGUGCGGGCCAAAACGAAGGAUCAAUUUCCUUUAGGCAACUGGUUCAUUCAAGUGCCAAUCACCAAUCCAGAACUGGCCACCUUCGAGCACCGAAAGGAUGUCUCCGCGGAGGAGUUGGCUGAGGCGGAAUCCAAUGACCCUUGGAACUGGUGGAAUAACCUGCGCAUGGCCACCAAGCACAGCACCAAAGUGAAAGUAGUGGUGGAGCUAAACGAUUCGGAUCGACCCAGCAAGGAAACAGUGCGUCGCUGGUUGGGCGAACCAAUCGAGGCAAUCAUCAUUCCAUCGUCCCUGUUCGUCAGAAACCGCUCCAACUACUGCGUGCUGAAGAAGGAGUGGCAGGUCAUCAUCGGUCACUUCAUCUCAGUGCGAGCCAACCUCAUAAUCUCCGCUAAUCCCAACGAUAAGGCUUUGUCCCAGUACUCGGAUUACCUUAAAAAGCUAAUUAAUGAGAACUGCGAUACGCACGUGCUAAACAGCUAUGAAAACAUGCUGGAAAUUCCACUGCAGCCCCUUUGCGAAAAUCUAGACACCUAUACCUAUGAGGUAUUCGAAACCGAUCCAGUCAAAUACAGGCUUUACCAGGAUGCCGUUCAGGCGGCCUUGUUGGAUCGAGUGAGCGAUGAGGAGGCUAAAACAAAAUUGACAAUUGUAAUGCUACUGGGGGGAGGACGGGGUCCUUUGGCGAGGGCUGUUUUCAAUGCAGCCGAGUUGUCGAAGCGCAAAGUCCGCCUAUACAUUAUAGAAAAGAAUCCCAAUGCCAUCCGCACCCUUUCCAAUAUGGUUAAAACGCUUUGGGCCAAUAAGGAUGUUCACAUUUUUUCGAAGGACAUGCGAGACUUUUCCCCUCCAGAGCUGGCGGACAUCAUGGUUUCAGAGUUACUUGGUUCCUUCGGCGAUAAUGAACUUUCGCCCGAGUGCCUAGAUGGAGCAUUGAAGCUGCUCAAACCGGAUGGAAUCAGCAUACCCUACAAAUCCACCUCGUACAUUAAUCCUCUGAUGUCAGCUGUGCUGCACCAGAAUGUCUGCCAAUUGUUACCUACCGUGCCUGCCUUCGACUACGGCUACGUGUCGCUGCUAAAGAAUAUUUACCAUAUUGAUGAGCCGCAGGCUCUGUUUGAUUUCGUACACCCUAAUCGGGCGGAGAAGAUUGACAAUACCCGCUGCAAGGUGGUUUCGUUUACCGUCAAAAAAGAUUGUGUGCUGCACGGAAUCGGCGGAUACUUUGAUACUCAUUUGUACAAAGACAUCUGCCUGAGCAUCAACCCGCUGACCCAUACGGCCGGCAUGUUCUCCUGGUUCCCCAUGUUCUUCCCAACGCGUCCAAGAACUCUGAGGGAGGGACAGACCAUAUCCAUCAAGUUUUUGCGAUGCGUGGAUGCAACCAAAGUGUGGUACGAGUGGCAGGUGGUGAAUUCUCCCGACGAUUGGGAGCACCAUAACACAUGUGGGACAGGUUAUAACAUGCGAUUGUAACAGCAGGCGAUGUAUUAACAAAUAGCCAAAUAAUCCUCAAUACUUUUUUUUACUGGAAAUAGAAUCAAACUAAAGAGACCUUAA